AUGUCCCAAUGGGCAGAUCUUCCAAAAGAACUGUUAGAGAUGAUCAGAAAACGCUUAGAUUCUCGAGUGGACUUACUUCGCUUUCGUGCUGUCUGCACUUCAUGGAGAUGCUCUGCCUCUUUACCUUCAUUUGAUCAAGAAAUUCCUCCUUUGCUUCUUAAGCUUCCUGGGUCAAUCUCUGCAGAUGCAGCUCUCAUGCAAACUAGUGUAUGCCGGUUGGAACCUGUACGUAAAUGUCCAAACUAUUCUUAUUCCUUAUCAAAAUCUUGGUUGGUUAAAGUUGGAGAGUCGAAAUAUGGCAAACUACAGCUUUUGAAUCCACUUACUAAUCAAGAAGCUAAGGAUUCACCAAUAUCAUUGAAUUUACAUGACUUUAAGUUUGUACAUUUGAGUAAUGCUUUUUUUCUUAAAUGGUCAAAUGGGUUUCUUGUUUUUGGAAUAAAUAAGGUUGUUCUGUUUCCUAUCUCUGCAAGCUGUAGUAAUAAAGAUGAAUUGGGAAUGUUGUCUAUUUAUCAUGAAGGGAAAUUGGGCUAUUGGAAAUAUGGAGAUGAGGAAUGGACUUUGUUAGAUGAUAAUAAUUUUGAAUAUGAUGAUAUUGUUGUGUACAAGGACCAGUUUUAUGUUGUUGAUAGACGGGGGACGGUUUCCUGGAUUGAUUCAUCAUUGAAUGUGAUUCAGUAUUCACCUCCACUUUAUGGUUGCGGAGAGAAAAAGAAUUUGGUAGAGUCAUGUGGAGAUCUUUAUGUUGUUGAUACGUAUCUUGAUGGAGAAAGGAGGACAUGGAAAGAUUAUGAGGAUGUUAUGGAUGACAAUAAUAAUUUUCGUGGUCGGAGAAGAACAAGGAAACAAACCAGACCUAAUAAGGCAGUCGAUUUUAGAGUCUAUAGGCUGGAUGAAGAGUGGGCUACUUGGGUUGAUUUGAAAUCUCUAGAUGAUCGAGUCUUUGUUUUGGGUAUGGACUGUUCUUUCUCGAUUUCGUGCAGAGAUUUUAAUGGAGGUAAAGGGAAUUGCAUAUACUUCAUUGAUGGAGAUGAUUUUGUUGUUAGGGAAUUGAGUGCAGGUCGCAUUCAUGUGUUUCAAUUAGAGGAUCGUAGCAUUGAGCAACUUGCCGUGAUUCCUGAGUUUUCUGAUAUAUUCUGGCCACCCAAUAUUGGCUCCUCGACAUAA